AUGGGAGUUGGGGACAUCCCUGGGGUGGCCUUGGUGUUUCCCCCCACGCCAUCCCCGUUUUCUGUUUCUCCCUGGAAUUGCAGCGUGGAUAACAGCGAGUACAUGCGGAACGGGGAUUUCCUGCCCACGCGGCUGCAGGCGCAGCAGGACGCCGUGAACAUCGUGUGCCACUCCAAAACCCGCAGCAACCCCGAGAACAACGUGGGGCUCAUCACCCUGGCCAAUAACUGCGAGGUGCUGACCACGCUGACCCCCGACACCGGGCGCAUCCUGUCCAAGCUGCACACGGUGCAGCCCAAGGGCAAAAUCACCUUCGGCACCGGCAUCCGCGUGGCCCACCUGGCGCUGAAGCAUCGGCAGGGCAAGAACCACAAGAUGAGAAUCAUCGCCUUCGUGGGCAGCCCCGUGCACGACAGCGACAAGGACCUGGUGAAGUUGGCCAAGCGCCUGAAGAAGGAGAAGGUCAACGUGGACAUCAUCAACUUUGGAGAGGAGGUGAGAAUCUGGGAAUUGCCACAUUCCAGAUUUCUGGGUUAUCCUGUUGAUUAUUUCUGGGUUAUCCCAUGGAUUAUUCCUGGGCUAUCCCAUGAAUUUCUGGGUUACUCCAUGGGUUUCUGGGACAUCCCAUGGAUUUCUGGGGUAGCCCACGGAUUAUUUCCCGUGCCACCAUUCCGGUGUCCCGCAGAGUCGGACGAGGCGCUGCUCAAGAUGACCAUGGGGCAGCCGGAGUUCGGCCGGGCGGGGCUGCCGGACCUGAGCUCCAUGAGCGAGGAGGAGCAGAUCGCCUACGCCAUGCAGAUGUCGCUGCAGGGCAUCCUGACAAUCCCAAACCCCCAUCCCCGAAUUUCCCCCCCAAAUUCUCCCAAAUUCCCGCUUCCCCCGCAGGAGGAGGACGACUACGACGUGAUGCAGGACCCGGAAUUCCUGCAGAGCGUCCUGGAAAACCUGCCCGGGGUGGAUCCCAACAACGAGGCCAUCCGGAACGCCAUGGGGUCCCUGGCGUCGCAGGCAGCGCGGGAGAACCGGGAGAACCGGGAGAACCGGGAGAACCGGGACAGGAAGGACGAGGAGAAGAAAUAAAAACGGGCGGGAGGCGCUUGGGGAGCGGCGGGGAUCGAAGAGGUGAAACGAGUUUGUUGGGAAUUGUUGGUGCGGGAAUAAAAGGAAUUUGUUGGGAAUUGAAA